AGAUAUGGGAAAUAGUCAAAGAGUUCUCAUACUUUGAGUCAAAUAUUGAUUGGAGUGGAGAAUGCAGUCAAGAAAGAAGACUAGGAUUGGGAAGGACCUCCCUCCACUAUCAAACAUUUCUUACAGUAGAGUUCUUCCUAAUGUUUAGGUGGAAUCUCUUUCCUUAUAGCUGGACCAAAGGAGGAGAUGUGUUAACAACAGGCAAAGGAAGCUGACUCCAAAGAGGAGGCUGGCCUUUUCUGUUUGGCUUAAUUUUUUUUGCAAGGUGUUGCUGUUUAAUGCAAGAGCUGUUGCUGCGGAUCUUAUUAUUUUUGCAACGUGCAAUUUCCCCAUUUUUUAAAAAAAUAAAUUAAAUAUAUAUAUAUUUUGUUUUGUUGAAGAUGAGAUGGAUGAGAAAACUGAGGAAACUGUGAUCUUAAGCAAGAAUAAAGUGGACCAUCCCUGGUGAGAAAUGAAUCGCUGCCGGCAGAGUUUUCGAGCAUCCCCUUCCAAGCAGAGUUUUAGAGCAUCCUCAUCCAAGCAAGUGAGAGAGAUGAGGACAAAGUCAGCGAGUCCACAGUGGUUGAAAGGAUGCCUACAACCAGGGCCAGGAGACUUGGAAUGGGAGGAGGCUUCUGACAGUAGCUCAGUAGUCUUUAUUGAGGAGCAGGGAGAUGUUGGAUGUGUGUCCGAUUUAGUGGUUGAUGGAGAGAUCUCUGCCCAGAUGCAGGCCACCAUAGAGAAACGAUCCUUGAUGGAAGAAACAGAGGUUUUUCUUUAUCCAGAGAGUCCUCAACCAAAGAUUGAGCUCCCAGCAGAAGAAUCCGAGGAGGUUGCUUACCAAAGACAAGGUUGCGAAGAAGCUGAAGUGGUCCUCUGUCCAGAGGCAGCUUGGAUAAAUCAGGAUUCUGAGGAGGAGGAAAUUGGAGACUUUAGCUAUGAUGCUGGAUCUCCACUUGGGGUUGAAUCUGAGAUGAUUUUUGACCCAGAGGGAUCCAGUGAAAAGGAACCAGAAGAGGUCUCUUACUGGGGGCAACCUGCUAUGGAGGAAGCACACAUUGGGGGAGAUUCUGAGUCAGUUGUUGAUCAGAAUGGUUCUCCUUUAAGGGCAGGAUCUAGUGGGGAAGAAUGUGCAGAAAUCCACUCUCAUCAGAGAGUUUUUCCUAGGAAUGGACCUGAAAAGGAGGCAAUUGACGCAUGGGCCAUGCCUGUACAGGAGCUAGUUGUUGAACAACGGCCACCCAAGCCACGCCAUAUCUGUAGCGAGUGUGGACGUAGCUUGGCCAGCCACUCGGCCCUCGUCCGCCAUUGCCUCAUCCACACAGGAGAACUGCCUUAUGAAUGCCCAGAGUGUGGGCGUCGCUUCCGACAGUCCUCUGCCCUUGUCCGCCACAUUCGGGCCCAUCGAGGUGAGCGCCCAUAUGUUUGUGGUGAGUGUGGUAAAGCAUUUGGUGUCAGGUCAGCAUUGGUUCGCCAUCAGCGGGCACUGCACACAAGCGAGAGGCCUUAUGUAUGCGCUGAGUGUGGGAAGGCCUAUGCAGACCUUUCCAUCUUGACGAAACACCAGUUGAUUCACAUCAAUGGUCGGCCAUUUUCUUGUCCUGAUUGUGGCCAGUCUUUUGGGCAUCGCACCACCUUGACGCAACACCGACGCAUCCAUACAGAGGAGCGGCCAUACCGUUGCACAGAAUGUGGGCAGACUUUCCGGCAGAACUCGGCCCUGGCCAACCACCGCCAAGUCCAUUCGGGCAGACGUCCCUUUUCUUGUCAGUACUGUGGCAAAACUUUUGCGGGCAGACCUACUCUAGUCCAACAUCUCCGGACCCACACGGGGGAAAAGCCGUACAGUUGCCCGGAGUGUGGUCGCCAGUUCAGCACCAGUUCCAACCUCCUGCAGCACCGGAGAAACCACCUUGGCGAACGGCCCUUCACCUGCUCCUUGUGCGGCCGGUGUUUUGCCCGGCGGCCUGACUUGGCUCGGCACUAUGUCACGCAUGCUGAAGGCAGUGUCAGGCCUCAUCGCUGUGGGGAAUGUGGGAGGCGCUUUGUGGAGCUGGCAGACUUGGAGCAACACCAAGCCACCCACCGUGGAGAGCGGCCCUACGUCUGCAGCUACUGUGGCAAAUCUUUCAUGGAGGCUGCCACCCUGGCUCGCCACCGGCGGUCACAUCUUCCCACAACCGAGCAGGGCUACAAGUGUGAGGAAUGCGGGCAGACCUUUGGGCAGAGCUCUGACCUCUUGGCCCAUGGACGAGUCCAUAGCGGGGAGCGGCCAUAUGCUUGUGUGGACUGUGGCAAAGCCUUUGGCCGCAGCUCCAACCUUUCUCGCCACCGACGGGUGCACACCCAUGAGCGCCCCUAUGUCUGUGGGGACUGUGGGAAGAGCUACACCCAAAGCACCCACCUCAUGGAGCACCAGAGGCAGCACACAGGCGAACGGCCCUAUGAAUGUGCAGACUGUGGACGGUCCUUUGGCAAGAAGGGGCACCUGGACUCUCACCGGCGUGUCCAUCAGCUCUUGCCAGGAUCCCCUGAGAAGGAUGAUGAAUCCCUUGUGGAAUGUGCUGAUUCUGGCAGUCCACAGAAUAUAUGAAAGAGCUGAGCGGGCAAGAGACUGGAGUAGGGUGGGUGGGCUGAGGGGUUACAGCAAGGCCUAGUUUCAGCAUGACUUAGCCCAUAAAACUCUUCUACAUGCCACAGUCCUGCCGUAUAGUGAUCAAAAACAUGCACAGAGUUCCUUACCAUGGGGGCCCAGUGAAAUGCCUCACUGUCAUUCAUAUAUCUAACAACAAAGGGGAAAAUAUUCUGGGUCAGAAGGCAAUCAAGUGUGAAUUGCUAUAACAUUAGAAAUUUUCUUGAGUGGUAAUCCAUAAACUCAGUGUGAAACAUAGACUUCCUAACAGCUGGAAAAGGUGGUUAUUUAAAAGGAAUGUUUGACCACUAGAUUCCUCAUUCCUCCAAGAACGAGCAAAUUCUGCUCCCCUGUUUCUAUUCUGAUUCCUUUAGUUCCAAAUUAAGUGGAAAAAGCUGUAGUUCAAGUCUUCCAUCUCCGAGAUGUUUCAUCCUGUGUAUCUCAUCCCGAAAAGUUGGGUCUCAGUAGCCGGAUAUCAAAUGCUGUCCUGCAAAGAACUCUUCCUCUACCUCACCACCUUUGCUUUGCUUUAAUUCUGCAAAUAAGAGAGAAUAAUGUCCUUGUUAUACUGUAUAUUCAAUAAGAGUCUGAGGAUUUGCUUCUCUGUGUGUGUGAGACAGAGACACUCUGUGAUUGUUUGAAAUUCUCAUUCAAGGAAGCAGUGAAAGUAUAUACAUAUAAAAAAAAUCUUACAUUUGAGUGGCAU